UUUAUUAGGAUUUUGAAUACUACCGUAAACAGUGUAACACUACUCUUUGCAAUUCUCUAAAUAAGGCUCCAGAUUUGACCGUAAAACCUUAGCAAUAGAAAAGAGAGUGAAACAUAAGUUUACUUUAACCAACGCGCUCUUUUUAGUUGUUUUUUAAAUAGUAAAUAUGGCACUUGAAGCCUUAUACAGUUUAAUCGACAAGAAAAAGGAUGAAUUCAUCGCUCGACUUGCAAAAGCAGUAGCCAUCCCUUCUGUGUCUGCCGACGUUAACCUUCGUCCUAAGGUUUACGAAAUGGCCGAUUUUGUUGUUGACGAAUUCACCAAGCUUGGUGCCAAAAUGGAAAAGCGCGACAUCGGUUCCCAUGAGAUGGACGGUCAACAAGUUCCCUUGCCUCCUAUUGUCCUUGGCCAAUAUGGAAACGACCCUUCCAAGAAGACUGUUUUAAUCUAUAAUCACUUCGACGUUCAACCGGCUUCAUUGUCCGACGGCUGGUCUACAGAUCCUUUCAAGCUUGAAGUGGAUAGCAAGGACCGUAUGAUCGCUCGUGGUGUUACUGAUGACAAGGGUCCCCUCAUCGGCUGGAUCUCUGCUGUCCAAGCAUACCAAGAAUGUGGUAUGGAAUUUCCUGUCAAUUUGUUGAUGUGCUUUGAGGGUAUGGAAGAAUACGGUAGUGAAGGCCUUGAUGAUCUUAUUCGUGCCGAAGCUCAAAAGUACUUUGCCAAGGCAGAUUGUGUAUGUAUCAGUGAUACUUAUUGGUUGGGUACUAAGAAGCCCGUGCUGACUUACGGAUUACGUGGUGUAAGCUACUUUAGCAUAACCGUAGAGGGACCUGGUGCCGACCUACAUUCCGGUGUCUUUGGUGGUACUGUUCAUGAGCCUAUGACCGAUUUGAUUGCUGUCAUGGGUUCUUUGGUUAAACCUAACGGCGAAAUUUUGAUUCCUGGUAUCAUGGAUCAAGUUGCCAAGCUCACUCCCGAAGAAGAUAGUUUGUAUGACACUAUCGACUAUGAAAUGAGUGAUUUGGAGAAUGCUGCCGGUGCUGAUAUUUCCAUCUAUCCCGAUACCAAGCGUACCUUACAACAUCGCUGGCGUUAUCCUACAUUAUCCCUUCACGGUAUUGAAGGUGCCUUCAGUGGUAGUGGUGCAAAGACUGUCAUUCCUGCGAAGGUCAAUGGCAAGUUUUCGAUCCGUACUGUACCAGACAUGCAACCUGAAACCGUUCGUGAGCUUGUUCAAAAGCAUGUUGAAAAGGUCUUCAGCUCUUUAGGCACUAAAAAUAAGCUUACUUUCCAUGCUCUUCACGCUGGUGCCUGGUGGAGUUCUUCCCCCAAGCACUGGCACUACGAUGUUGGAAGCCGCGCCACUGAGCGUGUCUUUGGUGUCAAGCCUGACUUUGUACGUGAAGGUGGUUCUAUUCCCGUUACUGUCACUUUUGAACAUGCCCUAAACAGAAAUGUCCUCUUAUUACCCAUGGGCCGUGGUGAUGAUGGUGCUCAUAGUAUCAACGAAAAAUUAGACUUGGACAACUUCAUGAAGGGUAUCAAACUUUUCUGUACUUAUGUUCAUGAAUUGUCCUUAGAAAAGCAAUAAACAUGCUAAUAUAGUUUCUUAUCGAUAUAAUUGCCGUGUUUUAUUGUAUUCCGGUACAUAGAGAAUUCCCAUAUCCCUUAUGCGUUCGUUCCAUGGGAACCUGGAUUGUCCAAUUUACAUUGCUUUUAGUUACGGACUUCUACUUAACUUAAUAGAAUUGUUAUACCAUAAAUUUCUUAAUUUUAUAUUUUUUUAUUUUGCUAGAA